GCAUCUCCCUUAAAAUCCGAACAAAAACACUUGUCUUUCUUUCCCUCUUUGGUCUCUGAAAUUCUGAAUCCUUGUCAUUUGGUCUGUUUGUUAUGGCUCUUGUGAGUCGGACUCAAUCUCUCUCUGCCUUCUCUUCUUCCUCCACCCAUUUCAGGAAACCCCAUUCAGCCUCCUCCUUCAACCCCAUUUCUUCUUUACGCUUCAACUCCUCUUCUUCCAAUUCCUCCUCCUCCUCACCUUUUACCGAGAAGACUUCUGUCCAGAGGUACCAGCGAGACCGCUGGCUUUACCAGAACCAGCCAUUGGAAUUUCACCAACCCUUACCCACCCCCUGCUGCUCUCUCCCGCCCGAUUUUAAUUCUCUGAGGGAAAACGACAUCGCUUUGCAGCUACCCGAGCUCAGGAAGCUGCUUCAGGUGCUCAGAGAAAAGAGGCUCACAGAAGGUGACCGAGGCAGUUGUGGGCCCGGCAAUGUCUUCCUGGUCGGUACAGGGCCUAGGGACCCUGAGCUUCUCACAAUGAAGGCUUACAGAGUAAUUCAGACUGCUGACUUGUUGCUGUAUGAUAGGUUGGUGUCCAAUGAUGUCUUGGAAUUGGUUGCCUCUGGUGCUAGACUUCUAUAUGUGGGUAAGACUGCUGGGUACCAUAGCAGAACCCAGGAAGAGAUACAUGAAUUGUUACUCAGUUUUGCCGAAGCUGGAGCUAAUGUUGUGAGACUAAAAGGAGGGGAUCCGCUGGUGUUUGGAAGGGGUGGAGAGGAGAUGGAUUUUCUGCGACAACAAGGAAUUGAAGUUAACGUUAUUCCAGGUAUUACUGCUGCUUCAGGGAUAGCAGCAAAUCUAGGGAUUCCAUUAACUCAUCGAGGUGUUGCAAAUAGUGUCAGAUUUCUCACCGGCCACUCCAGGAAGGGCGGAACAGAUCCUCUAUUUGUGGCUGAGAAUGCAGCUGACCAUGAUUCGACCUUGGUGGUUUACAUGGGUUUGUCGACUCUCCCUUCUCUUGCUCAAAAGUUGGUGCAUCAUGGUCUACUACCAAAUACACCGGCUGUUGCAGUUGAGCGAGGGACCACACCUCAACAACGCAUGGUUUUUGCAGAACUGAAGGAUCUUGCGGAUGAAAUUGUAUCAGCAGAGUUAGUAUCACCAACGUUGAUCAUCAUUGGGAAAGUAGUGGCACUUUCACCGUUGUGGCCAUAGUGCUUCAAAGGAAGUCUCCUCUGUUGUAGAAGCACUAUAGGCGCAUCUGAGGCGUGAACAUAAAGUAUUUUCCCAUCCAAUUAAACUUCAGAACUUAGGCUCACAGCUCAUGAAUUUCUGUAAUUACAGCCUUCAGUUCAUCGACCAGGAUGAUCUUCAAUUCUUCGUUGAGGUAAUUAUCUGCUGCUAUAGAUGGAUCAUUUUUAUUUUGGGGUGGGGCGCACAUCUUGUUUCGAGAUUUUUCAAAAUUGAGCUAAUGGAUUAUGGGAGUGCUGGGAUUGUGCUCGAAUAUUGUCUGAUGUUUCUGAUGUUUCAUUCUUCUACCAAUCAAAAUGCUUCUGGGGAAAGAAUGAAUUGCAUGCACUGAACAGGGGAGCUGUGUUCUUGUUCACCGGGAAGGUAGAGGAUAAAGCAUUUUAUUGCUAGAUUGUCAGAAACCGGAAUCAUGGCAUCAGGCGGAAAUUGUUUUUUGUAGCAUGAGAGGGUGAUUGAAAGUUUAUGAAUUUUUGAGUGAUUUGUGAUUUUGUUGUGACAUUUUGAGUACUGUGGUUUAGAUGAAGAGGCUGUUAUAGUUGCCUACUA